AUGUCAGUUUUCAAGAGUGAAAAUAAGGCAACAAUAAAGACAGAAAACGAGCAUUUAUCAUAUAAAAACAAGUUUGGAGGCAACAUUACUGUUGUGCUUAAAGUCAAUAACCCCUCGAUGGGAUCUAUUAAUAUUUUUAACACGCUAUGCAACAUGAAAUCGAUCAAGAAGGCACGAGUUUCUCGCCGACAGUCAGGAGAGUUUCUACUGAAUUUCAAAGUCGAAAAAGAUGUGGAAAACUUUCAAAUUGAAUUAGAAGAAAGCAAACCUUUUGGAGAGGGAGGCCAGUCUCUCAAAAAUAAGAAAUUCGGGCCAGUGGCAAUAAUUCUAAAAAAUGUCCCAACUUGGAUCGAAAUUGAGGAACUCGAAGACUUCCUGAAGGGCAAAGUGAAAGGAAAAAUGACUCUCGAACAUUUUGAGAAAAGGGGAGUGAGACUCCCUAUCAUUAAAUUGGUAACUUCUGAUCAUGGAGAAGCUCAAUCGCUUGUACGAUUGGGGCUAAAGAUUGGCUUUUCGAAUGUAAAGGCCGAGUGGUACAGAAAACCGGAAGUCCAGUGCUAUCGAUGCCAAGGGUUUGGCCACAUAGCACGCUUCUGUAAAAAUCAGGAGAAAUGUCUAUUUUGUUCAGGUACACAUGCUGGAACAGAUUGCAAGGACUCUAACAUGAAAAAAUGUGUCAACUGCGGUUCUUCGAGCCACUUGGCAAAUUAUCGGGGCUGUGAGAAAGCUAAAGAAGCUUCAAAGCUGAAAAAUGAUAAAAUUCUGUUCAGAAACUGUUAA